AUGAAUACAACUACAACAGAGAUUCCUAAUGGCUUUUCUAUUGGAACUUCAGCUCCUUCAAGAAUGAUCACAUACGUUGUUCUUCAAUUAUGUCAACUUCUCUCUUUACCCGCUUAUGGGUUCGUUGGAUUUCAUCUUCUUAGUAGUCAAAAUCUGCUACAAACAUUGAACAACCAUGCUAUUAUAAUUCUCUUAUUAAUUAACUUUAUUGUACUUACCGUCGAUUUAUCUUUCGUUUUGAAUUUCCUUCGAACGGGUGUUACUUCUCCAUCGACAAAUGUCACAUGCAUUAUUUGGAUCUUUAUUGACAUCUGUAUGUAUAACGGCAGUAAUCUGCUUAUGUGUUGGGUGUCUAUUGAACGGCACUUACUGACGUUUCAUGCAAAUUGGUUAAAUACACGAAAAUGUCGAUUCUUUUUACAUUAUUUACCUCUUGGCUGUAUUAUUGGAUACAUAUUCAUAUAUUACAUCUAUGUCGUAUUCUUUUAUCCAUGUGAAAACAGUUUCAAUUUUACGUAUGCCUUUUGUGGUUAUCCAUGUUAUGCUUUGCAACCUGCACCGAGUCUUUUUAACAUUGAAACGUUAGUUCAUCAAGUGGCAUCAUGUUUCGUUAUUGGAGGAUUUAGCACCGCUCUUUUGAUUCGCACUUUAGUGAGAAAAUGUGUCAGACAUCAAAUGAUUCAAUGGCGCAGAUAUAAGAGGAUGACACUGCAUCUUUUAAGUAUUUCAUUUGUCUACUUAGUUUUUAACAUCCCCUAUGCCAUCAAUCCUCUUGGCCAAUUGAUCAAUGGGUCACAGCCAAUAAAUGAUGCUAUACACAUCAAUGUAUUCGGUUAUUGGGCCUAUGGAACGUGUUUGUUAUCACCAUACGCUGUGUUAAUCUCAGUACCCAAUUGUUGGAAUAAAUUGCGUCAUCUAUUCUUUUUUCGAAAAAGACUUAUUGCACCAUUAUUAACCAACAACCCUCAAUUUCGUUAG